AUGGAAGACCUUACAAAGAUACUAAAGGGGCCUGUGAAGGAACAUUCUGAGUACUUGAGAAAGUUUAUCUUAGCUUUCAAAAACGAGAGGAAGGAGUUGGAGAUAAGGCUAGGGAAAAUAGUUAGCAAGGAAGAUGGAAGUAGGCUUAGGAUCGAUGCAGUGGCGCCUGUUGUGUUCAGAGAUAUCCCUAUCGAUUACAGGUUUGAAAGUGCAGUCGACUUCAGUGAUUUCAACACUCUCAAGAAGCAUUUUUCUACUUUCAAGAGUGAGGCCAAAAAUGAUGUGGUUAUAAUCAACGAAGACGGGAGGGAAACAUAUGAAAACGGGGUGCUUAAGAAGGUUGAGAAGAAAAUAAGAUCCCAGAAGCUUGACAUAUUUAUUCCAAAUAAGAAAUACGAUGUGAGACUUGUUUUAAGUGAAGAGAAUGAAGCAUUCAAGCGUCCCAGUAAGAAGAAAGCCAUUGUAAAGAGGGUUAGGCGGAGAGAAACAUAUUUUAUGGAACCCUAUGGAUUCGAUUUUACAGAGACUAUUCUUUCUGGAGAGAAGGAUGAAAAGGAGAAGAGAAAGUUUGAGAUUGAAGUAGAGGUGUUCAGUUCUGAAAAACUGGUAUCGAAUGACUUUGUUUCUCUGAUAUACAACUUUAACAUUGAUCUUCCUACACAAUGA